UUACAUUACACACACAGCUGCAGAGCAUGUGGUAAAGAGUGCAUACUCUGUGGAAUGUUACUCUUUUAACUGACUUCCUGUUCUCCAGCCAGAAUAAAACAGCAGUGAAGUUCUGCUGCAAAGCUGUGCAACAUUUGUGAGUGAUGGAGGAAUAUUUAUAAAGUGGCUGUCAUUUAAAGCUGAUCAUUUCCAAGAAAAUGUCCCUCAAAUCUGGAAAAUGUCCUAGAAAAUUCCCCUUUUGUUGAAAGUCAGAUGAGAGCAUGAAGCAGCCCCACCCACGGUUCUCCACGCCCACCCCUUCUACUUCACCGUGCCUGGCCGUGAGCAGCACAACGGGACGCAACAGGCGUGUGGAGCGAAGCGUCUCACUUGGCAUGAUCUGUCACGGAAAUCCCCUGUUGUUCUCCCCCUCUCCACGGGUUUGAAGGGGGGGGGAAAAGAAGGCGCUGGAUCAAGCCUGCGUCGCGUCUGCUCCAAAACAAAACCAGGCCCUGCCCUCCAACUUCACUUCAUACCACGCAUACCCGCCUGUCCCGGAGAUUGUUGCCCAUCCGAAAGAGGAGGAGAAGGGACGAUCAGGAGUUGCCAGGAUGGAUGGUCUAUUCCUCAUGCUGAAGAACAACCCUGGCCCUUCUGUGUGCCUCUUCUCCCUCAUCUUCAGGGGGAUCCACGGGUUGCUGCAAAGACUGCCACUGCCCAAGUUGGUGCACCAGGAUGAGUUUCGCUCGUGGAAAUGGAAGAACCUCUCCGUGUCCAUGGUGCACUCCCUGCUGACGGGGACGUGGGCCCUGACUUGUGCGGCCAUUUGGCCGGAGACGCUACACGACCUACGCGCUUUCCACACGCCACUGUCCUACCUGCUGGUUUGCGUUUCAACUGGAUACUUUGUGCAAGAUGCAGCUGAUAUCAUCCUGACGGGACACGGAAGAGGAUCAUGGGAAUUCUUAAUCCAUCAUGUGCUGGUGAUCUCGGCCUUCCUGUACGCCCUCUACACUCAGCUGUACGUCGGCGGUGCCGUGGUGGCGCUCUUCGUGGAGGUCAACAGCGUGACCUUGCACCUGAGGCUGCUGCUGAAGCUGGCGGGCGCCACGUCGUCCACCUUGUACUACGUCAACAAGAUAGUCAACAUCUUCACCUUCAUCACCUUCCGCCUCUGCUCCCAGUUCUAUCUCACCUGGUACAUCCUGCAUAAUUACUCCCGGCUGGAGCACGCCGCCUUCUUCCUGUUCGCCAUCAUGGUGAUGAACGUCAUGAUCUUGGUCUACUUUUAUCGCCUGCUGCGCGCCGACUUCUUCAAGCACACGACGCAGGGCCACGCCUCCAAAAGGUUCGUCGCCGACUGAGUGGACCACAGGAGAGCACUUUGUGUUGUUCCCUUCUUGACGAGUGAGAGUUUACCGAUUGUUUUGUAACUGAGACCGUUCCUCGCCGCCACGUUUCCUGGGUUCCCGCAAAGGAACACAUCUGUGAAGCAGGACAAAGUGCGGCCUGGCCCGGCAGCUCAAUUCCAGGAAUGGUGGAAAGUUCUAAUUUGGGUAUUUGUGCUUUGCUAAAUGUACUAAAUCAUGUUUGGACAUUUGUUUGCCAAAGAAGGUUGGACAUUUACGUGGAUCUUGUGUGCUAGCUGCAAGCCUGGGCAUUCGGACAGGAAAUGAAAGAGAAGCUCAGCCAAAGGAGUUUUGGUCAUUUAGAAAAUUUCAAAGUAAGAUGAUUUCCUGGUUUGCCUCUAGCUGAUGAAGUGAAUGAAUCCCAAAUAAAGAUGACACACCGUGAGUUAUAGAUGCUUCAAAUCUCAUAAACAUUUUUUAAAAAUGUGACAAUAUAUCGAUAGUUAACCUGAUAUGAUUAUUUAUACGCUCUUGCCGCCAACCUUUAAAGAUAAUUAACUUCUUACAUCAUUGUGGCAGAUGAGAUACCCCCAAAAUAUGUUUACUGUGCUUUACUGAUGUUGUAAAACCCCCACAGAUAGUACUUUUAUUCCUUAACUCUUAAAGGGGAACUGCACUUUUUAAAAAAUGUUGCCUAUCAUUCACAAUUAGAGAUGUCCGAUAAUGGCUUUUUUGCCGAUAUCCGAUAUUCCCAUAUUGUCCAACUCUUAAUUACCGAUUCCGAUAUCAACCGAUACCGAUGUAUACAGUCGUGAAAUUAACACAUUAUUAUGCCUAAUUUUGUUGUGAUGCCCCACUGGAUGCAUUUAACAAUAUAACAAGGUUUUCCAAAAUAAAUCAACUCAGGUUAUGGAAAAAAAUGCCAACAUGGCACUGCCAUAUUUAUUAUUGAAGUCACAAAGUGCAUGAUUUUUUUUAACAUGCCUC